CAACAAAUGUAAUGUUUCUGGGAUAAACAAAAAUGUUGAAAAUUUGAAUGUAUUAAAUGUAAGGAAAAUUCGAUAAAUUGUGCUAUGUACAUCAUCAUCCUUUGAUAAACGAAAAGCAAGAGCACCAAAUACCAUAAUUAAAACGGAGAGAUAUGAGAACAAGUAAUUAUGGUUAUAAUACGUUCUUAAUAUUUCUUGUAUUCCUUGAGGUUUCUUCUUCGAGUUCAACGUAUAGUUCAGUAUCCACAUCAGGAAAGCGAACUGUCUCAAUCAACGAGACGAUUGUGUCUCCUGGUAACGUUUAUGAGCUUGGAUUGUUGCCAACUGAUCUGAAUUGGUAUCUCGGGAUAUGGCACAAGGAAGAUAUUUUUAAACAAUUUAUAUGGGUAGCCAACAGAGAUAAGCCUUUCUCCAUAUCAACCGGAACACUCAAAUUCUCCGAAAACAACCUCGUUCUUUCAGAUAAGGAUAACUCUUAUGUCUGGUCGGCCAAUAUGAACAGAGGAGGCGUGAGGUCUCCAAUGGUGGCAGAGCUUCUUGACAACGGCAACUUCGUGGUGAAGGAUUCCAAUAAUGAUGAAGUUUUGUGGCAGACCUUCGAUUAUCCCACGGAUACUUUAUUACCGGAGAUGAAACUGGGAAGGGAUAAGAAAACAGGAAUCAACAAAGUCCUUACAUCAUGGCAUCCAGAUGAUCCGUCAAGAAUUGGUUACUCCUUGCAAGUCAAAAACCAAGCAGGGCUCUUUGAGCUUUUUGUACGGAAACGGAAGCAUGAAACUUGGGAGUACAUAUACCGAAGCGAUCCGUGGGAUGGAAGACGCUUUGGUGACAUGCUGCCAGAGCUUUUACAGUUAGACUACGUCAGCCCAAAUUGGACGUGGAACGUUGAAGACUCUUACUUCACGUUCCUAAUAACAGGCCAAUACAACAACUCGAGAUUGACAAUGGAUGAACAUUUACCUCAGAUAUUCACCUGGGAAUCAGAAAUAAUGAUGUGGAACUUGUCUUGGCAUCGUUCAGAUUCUUACAGAAAGUAUCAGAUAUGUGGGCCUAAUAGUUACUCUUCGAGAACGACUACGUUCUCAGUGUGUACUUGUAUUAAAGGGUUCGAUCCAGCUUUCCAUGAGAACUGGUCGUUGAGGGAUUGGCGAGGUGGGUGUGAGAGGACGACGCGACUUAACUGUACCGGAGAUCAUUUUGUACAGUUAAAGAACAUGAAGUUACCGGAUACUAAAGAUGUAACCGUAGUUAUGGAAAUUGGAAUGAAAAAUUGCGAAAAGCGGUGUCUUCGGGAUUGUGAUUGUACAGCGUACGCUUAUGUCACUAUCCUUAAAGGACAUGCAGGUUGUGUCAUGUGGACCGGAGCACUCAACGACUUCCAAAACUACAGUGUCGGCGGUCGAGACCUGUAUGUCAAAGUGGCUGCUGCGAUAGAUCACGGGGAUGAGACGAAUCAGACGAUUACGACCAAAAAUACAAAAAAUAAGGGUAUGGGCCGCACGUUGGAGGUUACAGUCAUCAUUAUUAUCGGAGUCGUGGUAGUGGCACUGGCUACAUUCGCCACCUACUACUAUUGGAAACAGCACAAUCGUCGAACCAUAAUAACUCAUGGAGGACCAAGCAAGACAAUGAUUAUGAACGAGAUAGCCCGACAAACCAGAUGUGAAUUCAUGAAUUUCGUACAUGUUGCUGAAGCAACAAAUGAUUUCUCUGAAGCCAAUAAGCUUGGAGAAGGUGGUUUCGGUGUGGUUUACAAGGGAACACUGCCUAACGGAAAUACGGUGGCGGUGAAAAGAUUGGCAAUAACAUCAUCACAAGAUAUAUUCAGCUUUGGGGUCACGCUUCUUGAAAUUGUUACUGGAAAACGCAAUAUUGAGUAUUGCAAUUAUUAUCGCGGUGAUAGUCUUCUUGACUACGUAUGGAGGCACUUUGAUGAGGGGAACAUUUUACAUGUUGUUGAUCCGAACUUUGUAGACUCGUCAUUGGUAGAAGAAGAGUUAUGGAGAACUAUACAAGUGGGUCUACUGUGCGUACAAAAUGAUGAAGACGACAGACCACGCACAGAAUCCGUCGCUUAAAUGCUGUCAACCUCGAAAAUGGAAAUACCUCUACCAAAGAAACCUAAUUACUUCUACGCUAGAUUAAUUCGUGGUGAGAUUGCCUCCUCAUCGUCGGUCACUGAGUCUACAUCCAUAAAUCAAAUUACCUUAU